CCACAGUCUUUUUAAUUUUUCUACUCUAGAUACCUUCUUACUUACUUACUUCAUACAUUAGGCUUCUUUCCUUGUCUUAAAUUUUGGUGAUCCCAUAUUAUAAGUUGUGAAAGAUAUCAGAAAACUUAAAUUUAAGGGCUCACACACUAUGUAGUACUAGUUUUUGGUUUUUUCUUCUUUUUUUACCUCGGACAUUUCCAGGUCAUCCUGCCCUAGAUGAUGAUGGCAGCAACGCUCUGAGGAGAUUGCUAACUGCUUAUGCUAGGCAUAAUCCCUCUGUUGGAUACUGUCAGUUCAACAUCUAGAUUAUCGUGGAGUGCAGGUGGCUUGUGUUACAGCGCCAUGGUUUCUUUCCAUCUUCAUCAAUAUGCUUCCAUGGGAAAGUGGUCAGUUCUCAGAGUGUGGGAUGUGCUUCUGUUUGAAGGAAACCGUGUAAUGCUUUUCAGAACAGCACUUGCAUUGAUGGAGUUUUAUGGUCCUACACUAAUUACAACCAAGGACGCUGGAGAUGCGAUUACUCUGCUUCAAUCAAUGACUGGCUCAACGUUUGAGCGCAGCCAGCUCGUCUUCACUGCUUGCAUGGGUUACCAAGACUAUGCUUUGAAUAAGGACAAUGCUUGCUCCUUGUAUUUUUUGGUUUGGCGGGUAGAUUGAGCAGUUAGAGCAAGGGGUGAGAGAGCUUCGAAAGCUUGUUUCUGAUAAGAAGGAUCAAGAAGCUGCUAUGAUACAGGUGUUGAUGGGGAUCGAGCAAGAACAUAAGGUAACGGAAGAUGCACGGAGAGCUGCUGAGCAGGAUGCAGCAGCGCAGAGACAUGCUGCCCAAGUGCUUCAGUUAAAUGAAUGGUUUUUGCUUUGACUACUAUUCCAUUUUAACCAAAACAAUGGUGUUAGGAAAAAUAUGAGGAAGCUGUUGCUGGGCUUGUUGAGAUGGAGGAGAGGGCAGUAAUGGCAGAGUCAAUGUUGGAGGCGACUUUUCAGUAUCAUAAAGCACAACCGUGGUGAAGAUAUGAAAUAAACAUACAGAUCGUCAUUAUCGAUCCAUCAUCAACUAAACAUAAGCUCUUUAUGCCUCUCUUACUGCUUUUAUUUAUGGGAAUAAUGUUUGGGGUUUCCUAGCUCUUGCCCUUACAAAAGAACAUAAUAAAAACAUAUUAUUUAGGUAGAGGAAUUUUCUGGUAUUUAGAUGGCUUAUAAUAUUGCUGAAUGAAAUAUUAUCAU